AUGGAAAAUUACCAGUAUAGGCCGCUUUCGGCGGCUCGCCAAAUCCGCAUUUUCAGGCUGUUUGCUGGGGGAGAGGCCAACGAACUGUCGGGCGAACUAGUCCAUGCAUCGUUUGAUAAAUUGCCGGUCUUUUUGGCACUAUCGUACGCAUGGGGCAACUCAGAGAUGAUGAAAACAAUCCGCUGCUCCAACCUCAGUUUUCGGGUCAAAAUAAACUUAUACAGUGCCCUCCGGCACCUAAGGCAGCCCGAUAGCGACACCCUCCUUUGGGCGGACGCACUCUGCAUUAACCAGGAGGACAUCCCCGAGCGAAACCAGCAGGUCAGGAUGAUGGGAGACAUCUACGCUGCAGCGGAACGCACAAUCAUUUGGCUUGGCCCAGAGUCGAAAGAGAUCAACCUUGCUUUUGACUGGUUGCAAAGUUUUGCGGCGGCUUUAGGGGAGUUACUGAACCAUUUGCCGACUGCCGGUAUGCAAUCAGCAGCCAAGAAUAUGGAAGGCCUCAUCGCGGAUCAGCUCCAAACGAUAUUCGCCAAGGUGAAAGCCUCAUCCACCAUCAAUCAAAAGGAUGCUUAUCAGUGUAUAUCGGUUUUGCUUCAGCGUUCGUGGUUUACACGAAAGUGGAUCAUCCAAGAGCUUUUCCAAUCACGGAAGCCAAUGCUGGCCGCUGGCAGGAACUUUCUUGACUGGACAACACUGGCGCUCUGGUUAGAAUUUAUUCAAUUGCAACCUACUCAGGGGGGAAUGCUGAUUUGCAACUUCCCUGAGUCUCAGGAUUCCGACACCAAGGUACCGUCGCUCCAGCUGGCGCGAGCUACGCUUCUGGGGAGGAUUCAGCGAUCCCCAAAGAGGCUUUUGAUGUACAACCUGGCAACCACACUUGACUUUGAAUGUGGUGAGCCCCGAGACCACAUCUUUGCGCUUGUUGGGAUUGCUUCGGAUGCAAACCGCUUCAAUAUUAUCGAUUACGGAAGUACGGUGGAGGACAUCUGCCGGCAGCUCGCUAAUGUCUGUGUUAGUGAUGCAACCAGCCUCAGACUGCUGUGGCUCAUUGGCUAUCUCAUGCCGUUGGAGCGCCGGCUGCAUUCCUGGGUUCCCAACCUUGAGACAGUUGUGGCGGACAGGAGGAACGGGAGCAACCUGACUUCACCAUUCUGGGCGGAGAAGCCCACCGACUACAGCGCCGCUGGAGACUCGGUUCUACAGGCCAGUGUUGAUGCUGCGAGAGGUCUGCUGAGAAUCCGUGGUCGCAUCGUCGAUAAAAUCCAGCUUCUUGGGCAGGACUGUCGAAGUCUCAGAAACGCCGAUUUUGCCGCCUUCGCCAAAGUGCCUGAAAGCCGACGCAGCUUUGAAAAUGAUUGCAAGAAGGUGCUUGAGCGGAGGUACAGGUGGAUGGAACAAUGCAUAGCGAUUGCAAAGACUACGAGCAGCGCCAAUGGCGAGGAGACUUUCAGCAACGCGCUCUGGGGCAGUCCGCGCAUUAGUGAAGAGAGCUUACAAGGCGUGGAAUCAGCAGGGCAUAGACUUUCCGCCCAUCUACGCCUUCUGGAGGAUAUAAAAUCCAACGAAAGUAGCACUUCCUCUUCCGCUUUCACCAAGAUGGAAAGUUAUCCUGAUUAUGAUUUGGAAGACAAGAUAGCGGAAGGGCAGCGACGGCGGUUUGGCAGCACCGUAAACAGGCGGACAGGCUGGCUGCCACCGAUGGCCAAGGAGGGAGACCUGAUUUGCAUCUUUGACGGCAUGGAUCUUCCUUAUGCUAUCUGUUCAGGGGCUGAUGGUCGGUACCUACUCAUCGGAGAGUGUGUUAUCACGGGACUGAUGAAUGGUGAAGGUAUGAAGCUGCCGAAUAUCGAAUCAGAAAUAAUAGUACUCGAAUAG